CUACGUGUUCACGCCGUUAGCUUCAGACAACUAGGUGCCGUAUUGCAUGUGUAAGUGAUUACGUCUUGAUCUCUAUGUAAGUUAGGUUACAGCAUGGCGCACGACAGCCGACAGUAGUGAUGUUACAUCACGUACGAGUUCUUUUCCGACGUUUAUCGUCACACACCCGAACAGAAUGGGUUCGGGAUUUUUCUGCAACCAACCUACGGGUCUCUGUUAUAUCAAGUGGUGGACUUGGCACUCCAAAAUCGAUCGUGGUGAAAGUGAAAAUACAAGACCGAAAGGAUAAACAUUCCAUCGACGAUGUCCACAAGGAUGAUCACCAGUACAAACGUCAUAUCUGGAAAAGUUACCUGUUCAACUGUGGCGAAGGUACUAAAAGAAUGUAUGCCACGAACAAGUUUACAAAGAAUGCCAUUGAAGACAUUUUUAUUACAGUCACAAAUUGGGAGAAUUUGGGAGGGUUAAAAGGACUAUUUACCGAACGACCUAAGUAUGAAGUAGUUGAAGGUGGAAUCUUUCGUAAAGAGUUAAAAUUGUAUGGACCAGAAUCGAUGUUGGAUCGCUUUUAUGUUGGUAGAGCUCCAGUUUACAGUUUGGUAAAUGCAACGAUGGAUAUGUUUCAUGAAGAUGAUUAUGUACAGAUAAAGUUUGUGCCAUUUUUUCCUGAUCUGUCUGAGGAAGAUUUAGAACAAUUUCCAGUUGACGUCAGAAAUGAAACAAAAAAUUGGAGGAUUGAAGGUAUACAGCCAAAGGUGAAGAGGAAAAUGUCCUCUAUAGUGUAUAUACUGAAGGCUAGAGAAGAAAACAACACUCUGCCUACUAUUAUGGUCCUGGAAUGCCCAGAUAAGCGAUACCUAGAGAGUCUGUUGGCGUCGGAAGAUUUAAAGAAAUACCAAAGUGUUCAUGGAACACAUGUAUUCCACCUGUCUCCUGUCAGUGUAGUUCAAGAUCCUAGAUACAAAACUUUCAUCGACAGGUUUCAUUCAUCAACUGAACACAUUCAUGUUGAUGAAACACAAGGACAGCCAUCUCAGAAUUCCGUGCGAUAUAUCCAGAGCGUCCUUAAUGAAUUGGAUGAUAAUAUUUUCCCAGUAUUACCAUCCUCUGCAAAUUUACUUCAAAAUAUGACUUAUGAUAAAGUAUUAAGAUACAAAAAGAAUAAAAAGAAACUUUUAUCAACAAGAUGUGGACAGACUAUAGAAUUUGAAGAUCAUUCUGUCAGACUUGAUCACACACUCAGGCCUAUAGAUGUAUCUUUAAGAAGAGGAAUCCAGAAAUUAAAAGAAGCCGAUGAAAAAUAUCUUGGAUCUGUUAAGGAAUUUGUGCAAAAGCAAAAUCGAAACAAAGUUGAAUACCCGGUAAUAUUAUUCCUAGGGACUGGAGCCACACUACCCACCACACUGAGGAAUGUGACAGGGAUAUACCUAGAGACGGACCCACAUACUGCCAUUCUGUUGGAUUGUGGAGAAGGUACAUUCAUGCAGAUGUGCCUGCACUUUGGUGGGGAGACAAACGAAAAGCUCAGAAAAAUCAAGUGCAUCUUCAUUUCACAUUUACAUGCUGACCACAUUGUGGGGUUAGCUAGUAUUCUUAAGCAGAGACACCUGGCCUUUAAGGAGAUUGGUGUUCCUGUGGAGGCCGUUGACAUCAUUGGAGAGGAUGACAUAUCUGCCUUAACAUACACCCUGGCAUAUUUCGUGCCUAAUAUCUUGAAAGAGACAGUGUUACACAAGUCUAGGAACUUCAGACCAAUUGGAUACUUGUCAAAAAUUCAUGAAAAAUUAAACCUGACAGAGUUUAGGACAGUUAAAGCUCUUCACAACUACGGACGGGCACAUUCUGUUUCCAUUAAGCAUCAAAGUGGAUGGCACCUGGUUUUUUCAGGAGACACCAUGCCAUCUGACAGUUUAAUUAACCUAGGCUUAAACUGCGAUUUAUUGAUACACGAAGCCACGUACAGUUCUCGGGAUGUGCAUCUGGCCAAGCUGACCAAUCAUAGUACAGUGGCAGGGGCAGUGGAGGCAAGUAAACAAAUGAAGGCCAAGAAUACUAUCCUGACACACUUCAAAUCACAAGCUCUUCUUCAAGAGAAAAGACUGAUCUUAUCUCAGAUUAGCAUCACAAUUGCAAUGGAUCAUAUGAAGGUUCGACUGAGUGACCUAGACUACACCCCACUCUUCAAUCCAUUCUUUCUGGAAUUGUCAAAUUAUAUGUUAAAAAGAUGAUAAAACCGACCGAUUUACCUUAACCAAUAUUGGAUACUGUUAUAUUGGAUACUGUGAUAUUGGAUACUGUGAUAUGCUACAAUAGAUGUUCCUAAAUCAAGUGUCACAGCACUCGGACAUCAAUGAAUCGUGUCACAGCACACAGACAUCAAUGAAUCGUGUGUAACAGCACACAGACGUCAACGAAUUGUGUUACAGCACACAGACGUCAAUGAAUCGUGUGUUACAGCACACAGACAUCAAUGAAUCAUGUAACAGCACACAGACGUCUUUGAAUCGUGUUAAAGCACACAAACGUCUUUGAAUCGUGUCACAGUACAGACAUCUAUGAAUCAUGUGUUACGGCACACAGACGUUUAUGAAUCAUGUGUUACGGCACACAGACGUUUAUGAAUCAUGUCACAGCACACAGACGUCUUUGAAUCGUGUCACAGCACACAGACAUCAAUGAAUCGUGUGUAACAGCACACAGACGUCAACGAAUUGUGUUACAGCACACAGACGUCA